AACCUAAAAGGCAAAUGCGUUCAAUUGCAUGAAUUUUUUUGUUAAUGAGAAUUUAUAUUAAUUAUAAACACAGGAGGAAACUGUAGGGAUUCAAUAUGAAAGAAAGCCAUGUUCACCUGCUAAACUCCUGCCUUUUUUAGUUCUUUCAUCAGUUUUGUCGUCAGACUCAAACGUAACCACAGCCCCAUCACUGUGGGAGGCAACAGCUCUCUGGGACAUUUCCUAAAAAAGACACACACACCAUCCAAAUAUCAAAUUUCACACAUCACAUAGUUCACUACAUGUAAAAGGUCAUUGAAAUAUUACACAAAAAAUAAAUACAAGAUAGCAGCCUGGUUAUAAUUUAUUUAAUAUGUUGUCUUUUUUGUAGCCAGAAAUUCAAUAAUUUCUCAAUAAAACACAUUUCUGUCCAAUAAUAUUGGCAACAUGUCUUACUUUAUAAAUAAAUCCAACAUAUUAACAACAUAUUUUGCCUAAAGUCUUUAGUAUAAUAAAAUGGUAAAUUUUACUUUAUUUGAUUUUUAUAUAAUUACAAUGCUAAUAAUUCAAGUUAAAUUGUCACCUCUGUUUUGGUGGUCCUUAAAGUUCUUCCUCAGUGUUCUUCCUCAGCCCUCGUACCUUACAUUGGAAUAUAGUCGGUCCUCAGAGCUUGAAGUCAACUGCGGUGUCAGAGCUGUGAUAGUAGCCCAGUGUUCAGGUGCUGCAUUGUUUAAAAGUGCCAGAAAGCAAAACAGGUGGCACAGCAACAAUGGUGGCCAGCAUAUUCUAAAGCACGUGACAAUGUGCGCACACACACACAGACACAAACACACACACGUCACAGAAAGGACCACUCAAAACCUAAACAAAAAGUAAACCCAACCAUACACAUAUAUAAGCACCAUACGGACGCUCCAUCACACACAAGUACAACCACAGUCCUGCCUGUCACCACUGAUGCAAAACACACAUCACGCAACACUGCAUCACUCGGAGCGUCAACAAAUAAUAACCCAAGAGAAAAAAAACAAGUGGACGGUGUAACUCUAUAUGAUUGAUGUAAAACGAAAACAUCCAGAUGAUGACACAUUAACUCCACAAACAAAUAAACUAGUGUCAAUGGCUUGUACGCAACUUAACAGAAAAAAAAAAUCAGUGUGACCUUUAUGGAAUUUUAUUGUGUGCUAUUGCAUAUUAUCCACAGCAGAGGCAUUAAUCAUGGCUCUACUGCAUUUUGUAAUUCACAACAACAAGACAGGAAAUGAACUGUAGUCUCUUUUAAAUGAUCAACAGAGACACGUGGACGUUAAUAUGUUUCUCGAGGAUAUUGUCCUGCGUUCGUUUCAUCUGGUUGACAGUGUUUGUAUUUCAUCCUGCGAAAUAAAUGCACACAUACAAAUGAGAAUAAAUGAGAUUAAAGCUUUCAUUAAGGAAAGAUACUCUAAGAAAAAUGAAGCUGCUGCUGCCGACAGUAUGAACAAUAAAGCUGAAGACAUAAACUAAAAUGAUUACUGUAGUAGCAGUGGUAGUAGCGGUAGUGCUAGUAGCAUUAGCAUCAGUAGCAGCUGUAGUAGUGUUGAAAUAAGUGGAAAUUGUCAUAAUAUUGUUUCAACGAGAGUCAUUUAUUUAAUAUUUAUUUAGCUCAUUAGAUAAUAUAUUUUCAUCCUAUAGUUAGUUUAAAAAAAACAGUUUAUAAUGAGGGGUAUAAGUACACACAUGCAAUACAAAUGAUAAGUAUCCAAGGUGGAUUCUUUUCUAAACGUAUCUAGUGGAACUGUAUGGAAAUAUGUGAAAACAGAGGAUGUAAUCUUUAAAACUUACAUAAAGAAAUGAAAGAAAACUAACCCAGAAAAAUCACAUGUCUACAGAUUAGUAACUGGGUGGCCUUUUUCAAUUCCCUCCCCCCUUGAUUUUAAAACAAGACAUUUAAUCUUAUUUGACUUAAUAGCUGACUAAAUGUGUAUAAUCAAUACAACAUGCUCUUUAUAAUCAAUGUAUAGUAAUAAUAUUUAAUAAUGUAGCGUAUGUAAUGUUUGGAGUUAAUUGUCAUCACAUGUCAAAUUCUGAUGAAAUAAUGAUCAGUUUACCCUAUUUUCAUAAUAAUUAUACUGUAUAAUUACGGAGCUCGAUACACUGAACUGUUCCGACUAACACUUAUUCCUAUAGGUAUUUUUAUCUAUAAUUUAAACUUGGAAAAGACUGAAAUUUACUUUUUUGAUAUUGUGAGGGUUAUAGUGUUCCAAAGAAAAAUAAAUACAACUCUCCUCAGUAUUUACUGCUCCAUGAGACCAGAAUAAAAGGGUCAUUAAGUCAUAUAUAUUACCUUAUGAUAACAAACUCUAUGGAAAUGCUAUGUGCUGUGUACUCAUAUCUGUCUCCUCAUAUCUCGACUGCCUGACCUCUACCCUCACUGUUCCAUGGUAAACUUUCAUCAGCCUCUUGGAUCAGGAAACAACGAUGCCACUUUUUCUUCUCUGUUGACAACCUAUUUCUUAUGUGGUAAACACAGAAACUGUUUGUUUAUCAGGCACAACCUUGUCAACCUUGUCAGCCACUUCCUCGACAUCUUAACUGAUGCUGAUAAUGAAGGGAGUCGCCUGUAGAAACCAGCGGUUAUAAAGGUGAUGUAGAGCUGUUUAUUGGAUUAAACAUGAUUAGAUAUUGAUACACAGUAAUAAUGGAAAUUCUACAACAACGCUUCAAUGUGCAAUUUUAAAUGUAAUUUGCGCUUUUUUCUAACCAGCGGCCUCCAGUGGCGGGAAAGUAAAGGUACAUCUAAUUGAAGACGUUUAUUUAAUUGUAUAAAUCCAUGUUUUAAAAAGUGUAGGAAGAAAGAACUCCCGAUCAAAGUUGAUCCUCAGCAUUUCCAAAAUGCUCACCCCGUUCUGCUAAUUAAAUAUGAAAAAUAUGACUAAAUGUUACUUUAAUUUAAUUAUGUUAUAUUAAACACCAUACAAUCUGUACGUAGGUCAGCAAUGGUUGAUAUGAAUAUUUUUGUGGCUGUUACUUGUUUUUGUUGAUAAACCUUUUUAAAACUAUUGAAUUCUCCAUGUGCCUGUGAAAAACUUUUUAAGCAUCACAUUGAUCGACUUAUCGUUGCUUCUUUAUGGCCUUUGGCACAUUACUUAUUAGUGCUUUAUUGGUAAAUGUUAGAAUUGCUGACUAAUCUCAAAAGACUACGCAGAAACUCAAGGUGGCUGAUAAAACAGAGCCUUUUUGCUUGUGGUUAUGCGAGGUAUUUGUUUAACAUUUAAAAUAAUCAGGUUUUAAUCAUGGCGUCUGACAUCAAAUAUAUACCCACAUCUCUUACAUAACUCAUGAAGCUGUUACUGCCCCAAGUUCUAUAAAAAUGCUGCUUUGUCACCUGCGUAAAACUGAGAACAGUAACCCCUAGGCAGAUAACAGAUAAGAUAGCUUUAAACUGUAAUGUAUUUUUGCUGGUCUCAGGAUUUCAAGGCGGCACACGUCCUGCUACAGUUCUGACUCCACCACCUAGUCACUUUAUCACAGCAGGUCUCACAGAGUCAGCUUCAGUUGUCACUGCAGCGAGGUCAGUAGGGACGGACCCUGAGUUCCACUGAUCAUGAAGCUAAAAGUUCCAAACCCGGGCCUGGAUGACAGGUUACUGACCCACGAGCAGCUGGACAAUCUGGAGGUGGAGGAGGCUGGAGACCGGCCCAAGUGGGACAACAAGGCUCAGUACAUGUUGACCUGCGUGGGCUUCUGUGUGGGACUGGGGAACGUCUGGCGCUUCCCCUAUCUCUGCCAAAGUCACGGAGGAGGUGCAUUUAUGAUCCCGUUCUUGAUCCUGCUUGUUCUGGAAGGAAUUCCACUUUUACAUCUGGAGUUUGCUCUUGGACAGCGGUUGAGGAAAGCAGGUUUGGGAGCAUGGGCAACAAUCCAUCCUUGUUUGACUGGCAUUGGUAUUGCAUCCAUGUGUGUAUCUCUGACCAUCAGUCUGUACUACAACACCAUCCUGGCCUGGAUUAUGUGGUAUUUCUUCAACUCAUUUCAAGAGCCUCUGCCCUGGAGCCAGUGUCCCCAGACAAUGAAUGGCAACCAAACAGUGCUGGUCUCAGAGUGUGAGAGGAGCACACCUGUGGACUACUUCUGGUACAGGGAGACCUUGAACACAACACCAUCCAUUGAGGAGUCUGGUGGUCUGCAGUGGUGGAUACUGCUGAGCCACAUCUGUGCCUGGUCCGUGCUCUACAUCUGCAUCAUUCGUGGGAUUGAAACCACCGGGAAGGCGGUGUAUGUGACUUCAACCCUUCCCUACGUGGUCCUGACCAUCUUUCUGAUCAGAGGACUGACUCUGAAAGGUUCUUUGAACGGACUUAGGUUUCUCUUCACACCGGAUGUAGCAGAGUUGGCCAAUCCGACCACAUGGCUUGAUGCCGGCGCUCAGGUCUUCUACUCCUUCUCUCUGGCGUUCGGUGGUCUCAUCUCCUUCUCCAGCUACAACUCAGUGCAUAACAACUGUGAACAGGACGCCGUCAUCAUCUCCAUCAUCAAUGGCUUCACCUCAGUCUACUCUGCCACUGUCAUUUACACUGUUAUUGGCUUCAGAGCCACAGAGAGAUUUGACAGCUGUUUUUCUGAAAACAUCCUAACUUUACUUAAUGUGUUUGAACUGCCUGAGGGCAACAUCACUGAGAGCAACUAUGAACAGGUUCUUCGAAGUCUGAAUGAAACCAAUCCUGAAAUCAUUCAAGGGUUACCUCUGAAAAUCUGUAACUUGGAUACUUUCCUCAGUGAGGGAGUGGAAGGAACCGGUUUAGCCUUCAUUGUCUUCACCGAGGCUAUCACACAGAUGCCCCUGUCUCCAAUUUGGUCCGUUCUCUUCUUCAUCAUGCUCUUCUGCCUGGGACUGUCCUCUAUGUUUGGUAACAUCGAGGGAGUGCUGAUGCCACUGCAAGACCUCAAAGUUUUCCCUAAGAGCUGGCCAAAAGAGGCCACGAAUGGUAUAACUUGUCUUGCGUGCUGUCUGAUUGGCCUGGUUUUUGUCCAAGGCUCAGGAAACCAUUGGCUGUCACUGUUUGACACCUAUGGAGGAUCCAUCCCACUGCUGGUCGUUGCUUUCUGUGAAAUGUUCUCAGUGGUUUACAUAUAUGGAAUAGACAGGUUCAACAGUGACAUUAAAUUCAUGAUUGGACACAAACCUAACAUCUUCUGGCAGGCGACCUGGAGAGUCAUCAGUCCACUCAUCAUGCUCUUCAUCUUAAUCUUUUACCUCGUCACUGAAGUUUCUGAGAAGCUUCUUUACAAAGUUUGGGAUCCGGAAUCGGAGAAUUUCCCUACACUUAUGGACAAGCCUCAUCCAGCCUGGGUCUAUGUGGUUGUUUUUGUUUUAGCAGGGAUACCCUGUCUAGCUAUUCCUUUUAUGGCUCUUGGGAAAUUUAUAAUGAGUAAGAGAAGAAAACAUUCACAGAGCGAUGCGAUUAAAUUAUGACCAAAUUGAGAUUAUGAUGACAAGAGUUGGAAUAUCUAUCAGCCCUGAGCCCUUUAAUAAAAAUGAAUUGUUGAAUCGAUUUAAAAUAACAAACACAUCAAUGUCACUGAUCAGAGUUUAAUCUGGAGCUGGUUUAUUAUUCAGUAUCUAUCAAUCUAUCAAUUAUAGUUAUUUAGGAAUCUACUAAGAACAUGAUGAAAGUGGAGGCUUUAUUAUCUAUUUUAUUUGGUUUGUAAUGUUGUAUAGCAUCUGUACAUUCUUUACAUUACCAGCAUGUAUUCAUAUAAAUAUACAUAAAUUCAACAAACACCGAGUCUCUUUUCUAAUAUAUAUUGGUCAACACAAUGAUAAUUUGUUGAUUUUGCACUUUUUAACAUUAUUGUAAAUAACGAUGAAUGUGUACUAUCAUUUAAAUAUAUUUAAAUAUACAUUUAAAUGUAACAAAAGUAAUUUUUGAUUAUUUGAAUGUUAUAUUUGCCUGUUCCGUGACAUUGUCCUAAAAACAAACAAAGAAAACAGUGUCCUCGGUACUGAAAUAUCUGAAAAGGGUAGACAACGAUAAAUGUCUGCUGUUCAAAGUUAGUUCUCCAUAAUUACCACUCGAGGGCGCCAUUGCGUCGUAACCUGAACUAUGUCCACUGGGUGAUUGUGAUAUUCCUGCUUAUUCCUUACUUAUCUUUUGAGGAUGCAGGCAUUAAACGUAACAAAAAUGUUGUAUUUUUUUAAAAUUUUAUAUAAAUAUAAAAAUAUUUAUAUAAACAUCAAACUAACAUAUGGUACUGAUAAUUAAUUGACUGUGACGACCAUAGCAACCGUAAACGACCAGACCGAACGCAGUGACUUACAAAUGCACGACUCCACCGACUGCCACAUGAAAGGUCUGUACAGCCUUCGAAAAUUAAAACAAAUCAUAAUAAAAGACAAAAUGUCAAUUUCGGGAACACCACAAAGCCAAACACAGGGUCACCGUAGAAUGAAGACAGAUAACUCGUAGGGCAGUUUAUUUUUAUUAGCUUUUUUAAAAAUAAUUUUAAAUAUUGCCUCAGAUACUUACUCGCUGAAUUUGAGCAUUUCCGGUUUUAUGACAGAGGAGAAGCCUCACUCUAGAGUGCUCCCUCCCUCACACAGUCUGUCUAUGUUAUAUUUGCCGUCACGUUUAUCCCACAUCCUGAAAGUCCUAAGUCUCUCCAAUAUCUUGAGCCACCGUGAGCCACCUCAUUGCUACUCUUGUAUUGGAGGAAUAGGUGUCGACAGGUGUUACGUAUAUGAACUGCGUCGGUUGCUUGUUUGUUUUGUUUGUUUUCCCGAAUUAUGUCAAAAUAUGGAACAGUAGCACGGUCUCUAAAAAUAAACUGCUCCAAUCGACCGUUAUUAGUUUUGUUGAUAAUUAUAUGUAUAACGUCCGUUGAAGUGACUUAAUAAAAUAUAACAAGAAUAUAGGAAGAAAGCGAAGAACAAAAACAACAUGUAUUUUUUGACCUCUAAAAAGGAACAAAAAUCUGCAUUACUACUGUAUCCCAUGAAGUGUCAUAAAGAAUGCUGACAGUUUUUCCACAGAAAAAACAUUUAAACUUUACACAUACUACUCACUGCGGUGUUGCGGUUUAACAUACUGUUGAAACCAACCAUUGACCUAAAGCGCCCUUAUUUAUUUGUCCUGGAUAAUCACAAAGAUAAUUAUUGACUCUCCCCGAGAUAUUAUAUCAAAUGUUGGUGUUGACAUUCUUCUUAUCUGCCUAUAAAUUACAUUAUAACUUUUCGUUGGGACUGUAUAAUCAUUGUCAAGAUCUGCAUUAGUGGCCAUGUCUGAUGCAAACACUGGAGGACUUUGGCCAUCAUUAUUAUGCCGGUACAUCUCUUCAUAAAACGUCAGUGAGCUGAAAAUAGGUGAUGCAGUUGACCGGAGGUUUAACUGAUUCCAUACAUCAAGUCAGUCCAUUUUACACUGUUCUAGGCAUACAGUAGUGGAACUAAGGAAUAAUCCAGGGCCAUAUUUCAACCAUAUGAUGGGAUAACUGG